AGUUCAAGAAUCGAUUUGACUGGACGGAAAAGAAAAAAAGUCAUGGCUGAAGGGGGCUUGGAUUCUGGUUUUUUGGAUGUAGAAGGAAUGACCACAUCAAAAAAGCUAAAAAAGAAAAACAAAACCAAAGAUGAAAUUUCAAAUGAAAAUGAAAGUUUACAGCAAGAAGAAAGGCAAACUAUCGAAAUGAUUCCCAGUCAUAAUAUUGAAAAUGGCGAUCGCAAGAAAAAUGGAAGAAAAAGAUUCAGAACUCCCUUUUGUCCAAUCAAAUAAAAUUGCACGUUUAGAAAACGAAAUACAAGAACUCAAAGCGAAAAUAACAACAUCAGAGAAAAAUGAAUAUGAGAUGAAAAAACAGUUGAUAAACGCGGAAAAAGGUAAUAAAAAUGGAUCUGAAUAUGACCAGAGCGGAAUUGUAAAACAUAGGAAAGAGAUAGAUGAAUUAAAAAAUACAAUAGUUGAAAAGGAUAAAGAACUACAAAAAGCUAAAGAAAUCAACUUGAAUCAGUCGGUUCAAUUUGAAAAACUAACGAAAGAAAUUGCAAUUAUCAAAGAUGAUAUAACUAGAAAGCAUGACGAAAACAUGGAAGCCAGGGAAACCAACGAAAGAAAACAAGAUCAACGGCUUGAAGAAUUGCUUGAACAGGUUAAAAUAACACAGAGCAUGUUAAGUGAUAUUUUAAAGCAGAAUUCUAAAAAAGUCCAAGGUCAGAAUCAAGGUAUAGGCAGUCAACAAAACAAACCAAAAACUUCUAAAUCAUCAGUGCAAAGUCAACCCUCAAAGUCUGAACAGAAAAUUGAGACCGAAGUUUGAACCGAGCCUGCUAUAUUUUCAAUUUUGCCGUGUUGGGCUUUCUUUGGGGGUUAUUGUUUUCACUAUUUAAUCGCAACAUCAGCGUGGUUUGUGCCGUGUGGAGGCUGUAAAAAGUCGCCUCGUACAUUCAAUCUGAGAUGUAUAUUUUUGAUCCUUAAAGUUCGUUCAGCACGACAUUAUUGUCAUUAAAUUCUUUCUAUUCGACUAUUUUCUUGUUGGGUGGUUCCAGUAUUCCUCACUUGAAUACUGUUGAAUCACCCUUAGGAUAUGUGACCUGCUUUUUAAAUUGCCUUUUGACGUCUUAUUUGUGAUAUGCAUGCUUUAUAACCUCUGAUCCCCCUAUCAAAAUUCCAUUUCAUUAAGUUCCGCCCAUUGUUUUCUCGUUUAGGGCACACGCAUUGUUUACUUUAGGACCAUAUGCCGCUUUUCAUGGAGUGACACUUACGUCUCACAUUGAAGGUUCCGUGAUAACCGCCAUAUGAACACACCUGCGGAUGUUUCGAAAUUCAAAAUUAUACCAGUUCAUGGUAAAUGUUGAAAUCUGCUUUAGCCGGUGCUAGGGGGCGUGGGCGGUGGUUUGCACUUGACUGUGCCGUCCAUAAACAGGCCCAAUCAAACCGAGCCUGCAAUAUUUUCAUUUUUGCAGUGUUGGACUUUGUUUGGGGGUUCUUUUUUCUCUUGUUUUUGGAAACAUUAAAAAAAAUAGCGAUUAGUCUGAUUUUACAUUGUAGUUGCUUUUUAUUAUCUUUAAUAACGUUUAUAUACAAAUAUUAUAAUAUGUUGUCAUCUUAUUGUUAUCUCAGUUUAAAAAUGAGAGCCAGUUAAUUGAAGUUUUUAGCUUUUAUUCAAAUCAUUUUACAUUAAGCCUUUGAAACUUGGCUGUAAGAUUGUAAAUAAAUAAC